GAGAGAGAGAGAGAGAGAGAGAGAGAGAGAGCAGUAAUGGCGGCCGGAUAGAUCCACAUAGAAACACCGAGUCCGCAAUCAGCCGCUCUCACCGCCGCCCCCCGCGGGCAGCCAGCCUCACAUAUCGCGGCGGAGCCAGCGUGACAGACACGGAGCGGAGACACGGGCUUCAGGGAAUACGGGAAUCCUUCAGCGGACCGUUACUGCCCGGGACUUUCCUUCUACUUUUCUAAAAAAAAAAAUUAAAAAAAAACAAAAAAAAAAAACAUGGACGAGCAUCCCGGCGGAGGAGGGGUCGGAGCAGGAACCCCGAGACAGCCUCCGCCGCAGCAGCAGCAGCAGCAGGGGAGCAACAGCAGCGCUAACCAGCCGAUCGGAGGAGUCAUGGUGCCGCACCAACCGGACGAGCUGCCCCGGCCGCAGCAGCAGUACACCAUCCCCGGCAUCCUGCACUACAUCCAGCACGAGUGGGCCCGCUUCGAGAUGGAGCGGGCGCACUGGGAAGUGGAGAGGGCCGAGCUCCAGGCGAGGAUAGCGUUCCUGCAGGGUGAGAGGAAAGGUCAGGAGAACCUGAAGAACGACCUGGUUAGAAGAAUAAAAAUGUUAGAAUACGCUUUAAAACAGGAAAGAGCAAAAUAUCACAAGUUAAAAUACGGGACAGAGUUAAACCAAGGAGAGAUGAAAAUGCCAAGCUUUGAAUCAGGUGAGAAGGAGGCGGAUUUACCUGUGGUUCACCUUUAUUUUGAAAAUACUCAGUACCUGCAGGAGGUGGGAUACACAGACACCAUCCUGGACGUUCGUACUCAGCGGGUGCGCUCUCUGCUCGGCCUGUCGGGCUCCGAGCAGAAUGGAUCUGUGGAGAACAAGAACCUGCAGCACCUGAUCAACGGCACAGAGCGCCGCAAGGACGCCAAGAGGAGUCCAGGUGACGUUCUGGAGACCUUUAACUUCCUGGAGAACGCAGAGGACAGCGACGAGGAGGAGGAUGAGGAGGGAGACCUGAUGGAUGACAUCACCACAGACAAACACCACAGAGCCAAGAAACACAAAACCAAGGUUGGGAACGAGGGUUUGGCGUCCGAGGAUGACGCAGACACGGAGGAGGCUCUGAAGGAGUUUGACUUCCUGGUGACAGCGGAGGACGGAGAGGGAGCCGGUGAAGCUCGGAGCUCCGGAGACGGGACAGAGUGGGCGGAGCCUCUUCCAUUUCCUCCUGGCGGUGGGAAGUCCUUCCUGUUGGGGGGAUCAGACGACGUAUUGGAGAGUGUGCUGGGUUUAGGCGACCUCGCCGACCUCACCGUCACCAACGACGAAACAGACUACAGCUACGACCUGCCGUCCAAUAAGGAGUCUUCAUUCAGGAAGACAUGGAACCCAAAGUACACGCUGCGGAGCCACUUUGAUGGCGUGCGAGCACUGGCCUUCCACCCCGUCGAGCCCUGCCUGGUCACCGUGUCCGAAGACCACACCCUCAAACUGUGGAACCUCACCAAGACCGUCCCUGCCAAAAAAAGUGCCUCCUUUGACGUGGAACCCAUCUACACAUUCAGAGCUCACGUCGGUCCAGUGUUGUCGUUGACGAUGACCUCUAGUGGUGAACAGUGUUUCAGCGGCGGCAUCGACUCGACCAUCCAGUGGUGGAACAUCCCGAGCUCCAACGUCGACCCCUAUGAUACUUACGAUGCCAGCGUUUUGGCGGGGUCGUGGCUUGGGCACACAGAUGCCGUGUGGGGAUUGGCUUACAGCGGCAUCAAGAACCGCCUUCUGUCCUGCUCGGCCGAUGGAACGGUGAAACUGUGGAAUCCGACGGACAAGAACCCCUGCAUCAGCACUUUCAACACAGACAAAGAGCACGGCAUCCCCACGUCGGUGGACUUUAAUGGCUGUGACCCCGCCCACAUGGUGGCAUCGUUUAACAGCGGAGAUGUGGUGGUGUAUGACCUGGAGACAUCCCAGAAUGCACUGGUGCUAAAGGGGCAGGGAGAAAGCACCCUCCCAGGCUCGAAUCAUAUCAAUAAGGUGGUGAGUCAUCCCACGUUGCCGGUCACCAUCACGGCUCACGAAGACCGCAACAUCAAAUUCUACGAUAACAAGUCAGGUAAAGUGAUCCAUGCCAUGGUGGCUCACCUGGACGCAGUGACCAGUCUGGCUGUGGAUCCAAACGGGAUCUACCUGAUGUCGGGCAGUCACGACUGCUCCCUGCGUCUGUGGAAUCUCGACAGUAAAACGUGCGUUCAGGAGAUCACGGCUCACAGGAAGAAGAGCGAGGAGGCGAUCUACGACGUGGCCUUCCACCCCUCCAAGGCCUACAUCGCCUCCGCUGGAGCUGACGCCCUCGCCAGGGUCUACGUGUAAACGAGGAAGAGAAGAAGAAGAGGAGGAGGAGGACGGCCAGGCGAGAGACACAGAGACAGACAGACAGAGAGAGGGAGAGAGAGAGACGGGCUGAAGAAUCAGGUCUGUUCAGCUCUCUGAACACAGAAAAUACUCAUGACCGAGGAGACGACUGAACACACACACUCAUACACACACGCAUGCACACACUCUCUCUCAUACACACACACACUCUGGGACUGAAGACAGUGAGGGAUGUUCAGCAGCACAAACGUUGUGAAAACGUUGUUUAAAGGUUGACACUGAGUAGCUCACCUGUCCUGUGAUGCCAUCGCCCUCCAAGUCCUGAUGUGGCUCAGAUGACUUUUCAUUAAGUCCCGCCCCCCUCCUCUUCCUUCAUGUUAACACUAAUCUGACCUCCUGACCCGCAGACAGAGGGCGCUCUAACAGGAAACAUCCUCAACAAUCAGCUGCUUUAGUUUCUGUGUUCAGUAGUUUUCUUCUUCUGUUGUCUCGUCCAGAUGUUUCCAGCUGCCUCAGGUUCAGGUCCAGUGUUUGGCGACUCAAAGAGCAAGAUUGUUGUUGUUGUUUUACCUCUGACAUUCAGUAAAACAGGAAACUCUUCAUGUUAAAGUCACACUGAGACGUCACCGUGUGAACCGCUCAAACAUCUGUGCUGCUCUUGUCUGAUGAGAGUCUCUUAUGAAUGUAGAGCAGAAAUGUCGCCUCAAACCCCCGGGGUAGUCUGUGUCCUCUCCCUGCAUCCAGGUCCUCCUCAGACCGCUUGAAAGUCGGUCCUUCUUCUUUGUCGUAUUCGUGCGUUUUCAGUCGUUACGUGAGAACAACACGGGUGCUAAAAAGUAGCGUUGUCACGAUCCACAGUUUUAAACGUCGAUAUGAUUCUCGUAAAAACUCCAACGACACCGACACCUGUUUUAAUAUAACGGAGUGUGUCUGCAGUUUUUGAAUGGUCAGUUUGAAUAAGAACUGAAACUAGGAGGCGGUCUUCCUCCUACAGCGCUCAAAUUUACAGGGUGUACAGGAAUGCAGCAUUACUUCUGUGGGAUUCAGUUGACGUUAACUUUAAACAGAACUUCAGAACGGAUAAGGGUCGUCAUGAUAUCAGAAUUUUAAACUUCUAGUAACCAUCAUGAUCAAUGAUAUUGAUACCUGUUUGUUACCAUGGCAACAGCAAUGGAAGUCCAAUACCUGGUCAUCUCUUGUUUUUAAUUACCAAUAAUUGCCGACAAUCUCCUGCACACUGACACGUUUGAACGUAUACCGCUAACCAACGUAUUGGUGCAGUUUAGACCGUGCUCUCUCUCGUUUUUGUUAGUCUGACUGAAGGCGUGACAUUUUUUAAAGAUUUGGUAAAUUUUUCGAUGCUAUCGAUUAUAAAAAUAUCAGAUUGCAUCAUUUAAAAACAUAUUACAUCGUGAAUACUUCUUGCUGACCGUCCUCUCUCCUCGCUCUCCUCGCUUCAUGAGUUCAAAACGCUCUAAGUCAUGUAAGGAGGUGUGUCGAUGUUCAGAGGGAACAGCUGAUCUGAGGCAGUCGAUUGAAACGCUCUGAACAGAACAACAGAAGAAGAAGAGGAGGGUUGUCGACCUCGAGCUGCAGCAGAGUCAGAGAAGAAGAGUUGAGCUGCUUUUAAGACAGAACAGAACUUGUGAUGUUUUUAACCCAACGUGUUUCUGUUUUUAGUUUCUUAAAGUUUUAAUGAAAAAAAGAUCGGAUUCUUUUUUACGUGUUUUUAAAAUGAUCUGGAGUUUGAUUCGCCACGUCGGGUUAAAAAUCAUUUUUUCCUCUCUGAGCUGCGAGCUGAUUGGACGUCUCUCAAGUUUCUGAGGAUUGGUUAAUUCAUCCCCCAACCUCAGUGGGCCAAUCAGAGCCCAGCGUUUACCAGGCGACGGGUCGGGGGGCUUUCAGUGUUACUGUAGUUCCACAUGGACGUUUUCUGUUUGUGUAAAAUAAAUCUAGUUUUUAUAAUCGUUUUUAUAAACGUGGAGAUGGAUUCUGGUCCCUCAUUCCCUACCAGUCCCGCCAUCAUGGCGCUCACGGGCCAUGCCCACCUACUUCCUGUAUCCACGUGUUUAUCUGACACUCAAGGAUGGAGUCUGGUUCCUGCGAGGAACUCUGGGUUCAGGUUCUGGACUGCGUUGAGGAUUUGAUGUGACGUAAACAUCAGAGGAGAGAGGAGGAGCAGCCGAGGAGGAUCGAGGCUCGGCCAAGGAGGAAGAGGAUGAUCGAACACUCGGCCGUGGUGGAAGACGCUGCUCUGAUAGACAUCUUUCUGUCAGGGUUAGAGUUGUCAUGGUAACUUAAUUUAUAAAGUUUCCUAUGAUUCCAGUUAAAAUCAAACGAUAUUAUUACCUUUUUGUUAGCACGGCAACCAAAUCAAAAGUCCAUGAGACCUGGUAUUCAGUAAUUUAUUGAUUUAAAUCAUUAAAAUUUGGACAAACUUCUGCACACUAACUUUGGCAACUGUUCAGUACCAAAACAUUGCCAACGUGCUCGCUCUCUCUUUGUUACAAACAUGGCUGACGGUUUGUAGUUUUCUUAAAGUGUCGUUCCUCUUUGAUUCUCUCAAUCAUUAAGAUAACUGUUAUAUCAUUAUAAAAACGUGUGCAAUCAAAUGUUGAAGUCAUGAAUAUUCUGACGACCUUUGUCCGUGUUUCUCCUGCUUAACGCUUUUCUACGUAAUCAAUAAUAAAUAAAAUCGGCUGGAUUCACUUUCGGAUCUGAUUUGAAGGGUUUCUUUGUGUUUUGGAGAUGAAGUAAAGUGAUUUGUUUCUUAAACACGUUGAACAAACGGCUGAACCACUGAGAGACGAUAAAAUACAGAUAAUACAACAGAGCCACAUUAUGGAAUGUAAACACUAAACGACAUGAAACAGGAGGAAGUGAAACCAUCAAAGACGUACUGGAUGAUGCCCUCAGAGGUACCUGAACGCAGCACCGGUAGUCUUUGUGAUGGGGUAUAACCACGUCGUCUUUAAGCGCUCCUCCUCCUCCUGCUGCUCUACCUCCUGAAGCUCCUCCUCCUCCUGCUGCUCCAUCUCCUGAAGCUCCUCCUCCUCCUGCGGCUCCUCCUGAAGCCCCUCCUGCUUCUCCGCCUCCUCAUCACCGUGUGGGUUUCUCUUCACUUUGACUACGUUUGACUUUUCUUCACCGCAGCCUCAACACUCCGGAGUUCAACUUGUUUUCAGUCUGUCUGAGCUCCAGGAGAAACGGUCCAAUCAGAGGCCUCCUGGGGCGGGUUAGAAAGAACGAAGCUGCCAGCUGAUUGGCUCUUGUUUGUUUAUAUAUUAAUUUAAUUUUGUAACUGAAGGGAUUUGUUACUAGGCGGCUCGUGAUGGAACACAACACAUAAAUCUUUAUUUUUCUUUGUAACUAAAGACUCUUCUGUUCGUGUAAUGCAUGAUUAAUACGAUCAAAGUAUUUUUUCUAGUCUUCCAAAAAAUGGAGAAAAAAAAAAGUUCUGAUCAGUUUGCAAGUUUUGAUGAGUUUUUGUAAGUUUUUUCUUUUUGUUGAUUUCCAAACUAUGAAACAUCAGAUUUUAAAGAUUGUACCACGAAGCAGAAACAGCUGUAUAUAAAAUGUCUAUAAUAACUAUUAAAUGGUGUUCAUGUACAGA